CUCCAGCAGGAAUUCUGAAGAGCCAAAAUGAUGUGACAGUGAAUAAUGAGUAGUACCAACUGUGGCAACUCUUCAGCUAAGAUGAGUGUCAACGAAGUGUCAGCUUUCUCGUUGACUCUGGAGCAAAAAACUGGCUUCGCUUUUGUUGGGAUUUUGUGUAUCUUCUUGGGACUGCUUAUCAUCAGAUGCUUCAAAAUCCUGUUAGACCCAUAUAGUAGCAUGCCUUCCUCUACAUGGGAAGGUGAAGUUGAAGAGUUUGAUAAAGGGACAUUUGAAUAUGCACUUGCCUGA